GGUGGCAACAUUGAGGUUAACUUGAAAAAUUAGACCAAAUAUUAUUAUAUUCCCGAGAGUCCCCCCUGUCUAGCAGUGGGGGAAGUGUCGGGCAAUAGUUGGCGACUGGCAGUCGUCAAAAUAACUGUGUAUCAUUAACACAAACAAUCGGAAUAUCAACAAUGUUUGCACCUGUUGUUCCUAGAGUCGAGUUCUCAAAUGGGUACUCUAUGCCCAUGUUUGGACUCGGUACUUAUUUGUCAGUCUCUGGUGAAGUUGAAAAGGCUGUGAAGUACGCAAUCGAUAUUGGAUAUCGCCACAUCGACACGGCAUUUUACUACAAAAAUGAGAAAGAAGUUGGUGAUGCCAUCAGAGAGAAGAUCAAGGACAAUACUGUCAAAAGGGAGGAUAUAUUUGUGACAACUAAAUUAUGGAAUACAGCCCAUGCUGAGGAUAAAGUUGUGUCAGCGUGCAGGAAGUCGUUGGAGAAUUUGGGACUUGAGUACAUGGAUUUGUACCUGAUUCACUGGCCCAUUGCAUUUCAAGAUAAUGAAGACCUGAUGCCCGUGGAUUCGACGGGUCUCCUAAUGUUCUCAGACACUGAUUACCUGGAGACAUGGAAGGGCAUGGAGGAAUGUGUUCGACAAGGUCUGACCCGCAGUAUUGGCGUCAGCAAUUUCAAUUCUCACCAAAUCACGCGAAUUAUGGAAAUGGCGACAAUUAAACCAGUGAAUAACCAGGUCGAAGUGACUGUUAAUCUUAAUCAAGUCCCGUUGAUUGAGUUUUGUAAAAAAUACGGAAUCACAGUCACUGGCUACUCACCCCUGGGAAGACCUGGGAAUCGUCGAGGUGUUGCUAAUUCCCUGGACAGCUCCGAAAUAUUGGCCAUUUCUGAGAAGUACAAGAAGACGCCGGCUCAAAUCGCCUGCAGAUAUGUCUAUCAACAAGGUGCAGCACCGAUUCCCAAAUCUGUGACACCAUCGCGUAUCAAAGAAAAUAUCGAUAUUUUCGAUUUUGAACUGACAUCAGAGGAGAUGAAGACCAUUGAGAUGGCAGGUUCUGGUGUCCGCAUGGGAUCUUUUCCCGACGCUAAAGAUCAUCGAUAUUACCCCUUUGCGAUACCGUUUUAAAA